GUAGGAUCUGAUGCUGUGAACACACAAUACAUUGUCACCAGAAUACAGUAUUUCCAGUUGCAGAGAGGAGCAAGAGAAGAAGGAGAAGAAGAACAAAAUGGCAUGGUUCAAAACCAGAGUGUUUAAAGUGUAUGAACAUGGAGGACGAAAUACAGAGAUCUGUGAACAAUUUACAAGGAAGAUUGAAGAAAAAGGAAAUUGUGAAGUAUCAGCUUGUACUGACAUUAAGUCUUUUCUGUAUGUUCAUGAAGUUACCCGGGUUUUUCAUGACAUUAAGAGUGCACUGAAUAGUGCUGGAAAUAACAAUUCCUAUGCUGCAGUGGUUAUAUUUAGGAAAUUAACACCAUAUGAAAAACCAGACUCCAGUGAUCUCUACCCCAGACCCUGGCCCUUGGGGAUCCCUAAUGAGUUACCCAUCGUUGCAUGCUACUGGUUUGAAAAUGACUGUAAGCAACAACUGUGUGACUGUGAGGAAAACAAGAAGUCUGUGAAGAAGCUUGUUCGCGUAAUAAAAGGAGAGCAGCAAACAGACACGGACAGCGGGUCCCCUAGCAGCAAGUCAAGCUUGUGGUCCUACCAGGGACUCAAUGACUGCUUCAACAGUUUUUCUUUUGGCAGUCUUGGAGGACAGUCAUCUGCUCCGGCAAGAGAUGAGCCGAAACCAGAGCCGUGGCGUGAAGAUGAAUUUAGUGAUGAAGCUUACAUGAAACUUCAAGAAGAAAUACAAAACCACCAACCACACCCUAAGGCUUCCACAACUAAUAUUCUUAUUACGGGCAAUGUGGGUUCCGGAAAGUCAAGCUUUCUAAAUUCUGUGCUCUCAGAACUCAGGAGAGAAGAACUCAACGGCAGAAUGCAAAACAUUGAAGCCGUGAGACCAGGUGCACAAACAAGCGUCACACAACAUGUAAGUGUUUAAAUUCCAACACCUCCUACACUUCUCAUCUAGUGUGCUUAAUUACUGUGUCCUGUCAUCUCACUGGCAGUAACAGCAGAGAAAAAACAGCAAGUUGAGGUUUAGGCGCUUGAGGUUUAGGUGCUUUAAGCCGAGUGGGCACUAGUCUACAUGUUGCUAGGAAAAUGUAGAAAGGGAGAUAUUCUUUGUAGAAAGUGAUGUGGAAGCUACAAUUUCGAGCAACUUUGUUGCAAGCAACUUCAAAGGACUUUUGAUUUUGUAGAAGCAACAUUACAUCAUAAAAUUAUUCAACCAAUGAAAGUUGUGGGAAAGUCAUGUGACUACCUGCUUCACUGCCAAAUAAAAACAAAUGGCAGAGAAAAUGAAUGUGAAACCGAACAAAAACGACAGUUAGGGGGGACUCCUUAUCUUUUUUUUUCAGGGUGGUAUAUAUUAGAGGUCGACACGGGUACCCGUAAACUAAAUUACCCGACGCUACCCGGGUCUCGUUCUACUAUCCAGGUUUAGGUUUACUGAUUUGAAAAUUUAAAGAAAAUGUAGAAAAUUGACAAAACAGUUGUAAGCGCUAGUCUCUGGUCAGCAUAAUAAAGACAACGUUAAAACAAGCUUUUAACGUCGGCAGGGAGGGGUUAACUGACAGGAUAUCAAUGUUUUACAGAAAACAAUAACACCUACACAGCGAGCGGCAAGUACACCUCAGUAAUAAUAAU